GUUAUGCAAUAUUUUGCUCUUUCCAAUUAGUUUACAUGCAUUUGAAUUGUAUUUAAAAGUGUGAACGGAGCAUAAUAACCACCUGCGGAACUGUGCGCUGCUUGUACUGCUGUCUCGAUCGUACCUACCCUCCCCGCUCGAUCACUGCGGCCAAUGGGAUGCUUGUAAAGACUUGUGGAGCUCGGGAGAGGUGCUAUUUAAAGACGAGAGCAGAUAUGAGUUCCUUCAGUUUCUACCGAAGUUUCCCACACGCAGAGGGCAGAAAAAAAAAAGUAUUAUUGUGAGAUAUUAUUUGAGUGCUACUGUAAGCUUUUGUGGUAAAACGCAAGUCAGUAAACACAGUAUUUCGGCAAGCCUCACUAAGUCUCUCAUACUUAUAAAGAGACAUGAAAAGUGAAGUUUCUUUAUGUCUAUUCUUGCUUGUGUUGAGCGCCGCUGCGUUGCCAGCGAACACUGUUGAAAAAGGCAACCCUCGUUCUUCAGCUGCUGAUAACUCCUUGCACCUAGAAGGAAAGAAUACCUACAAUGAAGAUUUUAACUCUGUCCUGACCAAGUUCUCCCUUCGCAGACCUUCAGCUCCAGAGGAGGAUGUGUGUUACAUUAACCCGAGCGAUCCAGAUGCACUUAACGCCUGCAACUUCAACCUCACCUCCAAAACCUUCCUGGUUAUCCAUGGAUGGACGGUUAGUGGGAUGUUUGAAAGCUGGAUUUCGAAGCUGGUCGCUGCUCUGUACGAACGGGAGCACGAUGCCAAUGUGAUUGUGGUAGACUGGCUGAACCGUGCCCACCAGCACUACCCUGUUGCUGCUGAGAACACCAAGCUGGUGGGACAGGACAUUGCCCGCUUCAUAGAUUGGAUGGAGGAGAAAGCAAACUUUCCACUUGCCAAUGUUCAUCUUAUUGGCUACAGUCUGGGUGCACAUGUGGCAGGGUUUGCAGGAAGCCACGCCUCCAACAAAGUUGGAAGAAUAACUGGUCUAGACCCAGCGGGCCCUGUGUUCGAGGGGACUCAUGCUCAAGGCCGCUUGUCCCCAGAUGAUGCACAUUUCGUGGACGUGCUCCACACCUUCACCCGUGGCUCUCUGGGGCUGAGCAUCGGCAUCCAGCAGCCCGUGGGUCACGUAGACAUCUAUCCCAACGGAGGGAGCUUCCAGCCAGGCUGCAACCUGAGAGGAGCCCUGGAGAACAUCGCCAGCCAUGGCAUCUUUGGCUUCUCGGAGGCAGUGAAGUGUGAGCACGAGCGCUCCGUCCACCUGUUCAUCGACUCCCUGCUUCACGAGCAGCAGCCCAGCAUGGCGUACCGCUGCAGCAGCAAAGAGAUGUUCGACCACGGCUUCUGCCUCAGCUGCAGCAAGAACCGUUGCAACAACGUGGGCUACAACGUGAACCAGGUGCGCAACCGCAGGAGCGCCAGGAUGUACACCAGGACCAGGGCUGCCAUGCCGUUCAGAGUCUACCACUAUCAGUUGAAGAUUCACUUCUCCAGCAAAUUUAAUGACUCUGAGAUCGAGCCCACACUUGCAGUGUCCCUCUACGGAACGAAGGGAGACGCGGAGAACCUGAAUUUAAACAUACACAAGUUCUCUCCCAACAAGACCCACUCCUUUCUGCUGGUGACAGAGGUAGAUAUCGGGGACCUGCUGAUGAUGCAGUUCAGGUGGGAGGCCUCCUCCAGCUGGUCCUCCUCCUCUCUCCUCAAAAUGGUGUCAUCCUGGUGGUCAGACGAGACCCCAUCGAACUCCGACCUGGCGAUCCAUAAAAUCCGGGUCAAAGCUGGGGAGUCCCAGAAGAAGAUGGUUUUCUGCUCUAAAGAUUCCCCUGAAUUUGCUCCUGCUCAAGAGGUCAUUUUUGUCAGGUGUCAGGACAGAUGGGACAAAUCAUCAAAAAGACAUGUGACAAACAAGCAUUGAGGCUGUACAGAAGAGUCUGGAACAGCAGCCUGGACCAAUCAUAUCAUUCUCAGAAGAGCACUUGGCAUUCGACUUUAGCCAGCCUUACCCGUUUUCUUUAUUAUUUAUUUGUUUGUAUAUAUUGUACAGCAGCACUGCUAUUUUUUGUACAUAAGUAAUACGUUUAAUUUAAAAACCAAAAACUUUGUUUUAAGCCGCGAGAUACUUUUGUUAUGUCAGUUGGAGCUGGUUUAUAUGUGGGUAUGCUGUCUGUGUUCAUUGAAGGGAGCAAGAGAGCAUUACAAUAUUAUUACUUGAAAUACCUGGUGUGGCAGGCUGGCGAGUGGAUAGAGGCCCAGAGACAGUCUGUAGUUCAAAAAAAUAAUUAUUUUAUUAUAAAU